UAAAAAUAAAAAUAAAAUAGAAGAUUUGGGAGAUCCAUGAAUCAUGAGGGGACCCCCCCACCCCAAGCACAGGAUUGAGGAGAAGAGCUGCUGGACGCUAUUUUAAGAGUGCAAAGCUACUGGGAAAAAGGUAAAGAGCAGAGGCAGUGAUCAAGCAGUGGGAUAGAAAUACAAAGAAAUGGAGCAAUGGCUGUCUGUACCAAAAGUGGAACUACAUGCUCAUCUCAAUGGAUCCGUCAGAGACUCUACUCUGCUAGAACUUGCUAGAGUUUUGGGUGAGAAGGGUGUCAUAGAUUUCUCAGAUGUGGAGCAUGUUAUUAUGAAAGAUGAUCGUUCUUUACACGAAGUGUUCAAGUUGUUUGACCUGAUCCACAUUCUCACUACUGAUCACAAAAUUAUUACCAGAAUUACCAAAGAAGUUGUUGAAGACUUUGCUUCUGAAAAUGUUGUCUAUCUGGAGCUAAGAACAACCCCCAAGAAAAAUGAUUCCAUAGGAAUGACCAAACGUUCUUACAUGGAAGCAGUAGUGGAGGGUCUAAAAGCUGUUAAUGCAGUUGAUAUUAAUUUUAUGCCUCAUGAUGCGGAUGCUGGGGAUUUCAUGGAUUCUCAACAUAUAAAAAGUGGAACAUGUAAUGGGGCUACAAGGAAGAAGAUAUAUGUUAGACUUCUUUUGAGCAUUGAUCGUCGGGAAACCACUGAGGCUGCAAUGGAAACUGUGAAGCUUGCACUUGAACUGAGGCCGAUAGGGGUAGUUGGUAUUGACCUUUCUGGGAAUCCCAUUGUGGGAGAAUGGAGCACAUUUUUCCCAGCAUUAAAAUUUGCUAGAGAACAAGGUCUUUACAUAACCCUUCAUUGCGGAGAGAUACCUAAUCCAAAAGAAAUUCAAGCAAUGCUAGACUUUCUACCCCAAAGGAUUGGCCAUGCCUGCUGCUUUGAAGAAGAAGAAUGGAAAAAGUUGAAGUCGUUAAAGAUUCCGGUCGAGAUUUGUUUGACAUCCAACAUCAGGACUGAUACAAUUUCUUCGCUAGAUGUUCACCAUUUUGCUAAUCUUUAUAAUGUAAAGCAUCCUUUAAUCCUCUGCACUGAUGAUGCUGGGGUGUUUUCUACCAGUCUUUGUGGUGAAUACAGUAUUGCUGCUUCUGCAUAUGGUCUGGGAAGGAGGGAAAUAUAUCAGCUGGCAAAAGAUGCAGUUGAAUUUGUAUUUGCAGAUGAUGAAGUGAAGAAGGAUUUAAGAGAGAUCUUUAAUUCAGCUGCAAAGAUGCUGGAUUUCUUAUUUUGAUUGAAUUUUCUCUAGAUUCUUAGCUUGAUCUUGGUAGAAGCCAUCCCUCUGGACCCAGCUGCUGUGUUGGAUGGCAUAUUGAAAGUAACCAUUUUAGUAAUGCAACAUUGUUGGAAGUAGGAGUUAGGUCUUUUAGAACUAGCAUAUGGAUGAAGACUAAUUAUUGAAAUUUCAAAACUCAAAAGACAAAUUAACUAUUUGUGGAUGGUAAUUCCAUGGUUAGAAAAUUUUCUUUUA